CAGGCCGGAGAGCAUGCUUACUUGAUCAUUCGCAUUGCCGACCUUCCCGGAGAGGUAAUUGACCAUUUCUAGAGGGCCAGUCUGACCAGAAUCGGGAUACGAUACAACGCGUUCACCGGUCUUGUAGCUAUGGUCAAGCUUCUGCAAUCUGAUGUCUGGCUCAGACAGUGGGGAUGGAGCAUCAACAUCUCCGCCGUCUCUCUUGCCAACUCCAUCGCUCUUUUGGACGACCAACAGAUCAUUUGCCUGCUGGAGGAGUCUUGACUCUUCUUCUAGGCCUGUUAGGAGACCUGUAUACCCGAGGCAUUAGAUUGGUUGACCACAUAUUCAGCGAGUGGUGGCCGUGCAACUCAUUCGCAUUAUGCGGUGUCUUUAUAGUGGCAAAUGAGUCUUUCUUAGGGCUUUGACACAAGAUCAAGAACUACCUUGGAUGGACCUAGGCGAUAUCCCUGCGGGAAGUCGGAAUUUGUCUUCCAGCAUCCCUUGAAGAUAAUCCGACUAGUUCUUAAGAAGUGCUCUCUGUUAGAUGACAAGCUCAGAUGUACUUGCAGUGUUUUGGUGCCAGAGAGCAGUAUGC